CUCCUGCUCUUACUGUGGAAAGAGUUUCUCUCAACCGUGCACCUUACAAAAACAUGAACGUAUACACACGGGAGAGAAGCCUUACUCCUGCUCUGACUGCGGGGCUUGUUUCUCUCAUCGGAACAACUUAAAACGUCAUGAACAUAUGCACACAGGAGAGAAGCCUUACUCCUGCUCUGUCUGUGUAAAAUGCUUCAAAACGUCAACUGCGCUAAAAGUUCAUCAUGGAACACACAGAGCAGAGAAGCCUUUCUUCUGCUCUGACUGUGGAAAGAGUUUCUCUCGUCGGGAUACCUUAAAACAACAUGAACAUAUACACACAGGAAAGAAGCCUUACUCCUGCUCUGACUGCGGGGCUUGUUUCUCUCAUCGGAACAACUUAAAGCGUCAUGAACAUAUGCACACAGGAGAGAAGCCUUACUCCUGCUCUGACUGUGGAAGGAGUUUCUCUCAACUGGGCUACCUAAAAAGACACGAGCGUUUACACGCAGGAGAGAAGCCUUACUCCUGCUCUGACUGUGGAUCGAGUUUUUCUGAAUGGGGCACCUUAAAACAACAUGAACGUAUACACAAAGGAGAGAAGCCUUACUCCUGCUCUGAAUGUGGAAAAUGCUUCAAAACAUCAACAUCACUAAAACUUCAUCUUAGAACACACACAGGAGAGAAGCCUUACUCCUGCUCUGAAUGUGGGGCGAGUUUCUCUCAACUGAGUAACUUAAAACAACAUGAACGUAUACACACAGGAGAGAAGCCUUACUCCUGCUCUUACUGUGGAAAGAGUUUCUCUCGCCCGUGCACCUUACAAAAACAUGAACGUAUACACACGAGAGAGAAGCCUUACUCCUGCUAUGACUGUGGGGCGAGUUUCUCUCGUCCGGACACCUUAAAACAACAUGAUUGUAUACACACAGGAGAGAAGCCUUACUCCUGCUCUGACUGUGGAAAGAGUUUCCAUCAACUGGGUACCUUAAAACAACAUGAACGUAUACACACAGGAGAGAAGCCUUACUACUGCUCUGACUGUGGAAAGAGUUUCACUUACCUGGGCAUCUUAAAACAACAUGAACGCAUACACACAGGAGAGAAGCCUUACUUCUGCCCUGACUGUGGAAAGAGUUUCCGUCAACUGGGUACCUUAAAACAACAUGAACGUAUACACACAGGAGAGAAGCCUUACUCCUGCUCUGACUGUGGAAAGAGUUUCACUUACCUGGGCAACUUAAAACAACAUGAACGCAUACACACAGGAGAGAAGCCUUACUUCUGCCCUGACUGUGGAAAGAGUUUCCAUCAACUGGGUACCUUAAAACAACAUGAACGUAUACACACAGGAGAGAAGCCUUACUCCUGUUCUGACUGUGUAAAAUGCUUCAAAACAUCAACUGACCUAAAAGUUCACCAGAGAACACACACCGGAGAGAAGCCUUACUCCUGCUCUGACUGUGGAAAGAAUUUCUCUCACCUGGGCACCUUAAAACAACAUGAACGCAUACACACAGGAGAGAAGCCUUACUUCUGCCCUGACUGUGGAAAGAAUUUCUCUCACCUGGGCACCUUAAAACAACAUGAACGUAUACACAAAGGAGAGAAGCCUUACUCCUGCUCUGACUUUGAAAAGAGUUUCUCUCAGGAGUAAGAGAAGCCUUACUCCUGCUCCGACUGUGGAAAGUGUUUCCCUUGAAUGUGCCAUUUCAAAAGACACCAAGGGAAACACGAGAGGAGCCUUACCACUGAUCUGACUGUAGGAAAUGUUAAAACACCAGCUGAGCUUAAAAGUCAUUAGAGAAAAGACAAAGGAGAGAAGCCUUAUUUCCGCUCUCAAUGUGGCAAGAGUUUUUCCCAAUUGGGCAAUGUAAAAACAGACCAACGGAUACACACUUCAGAGAAGCCUUAUUACUGCACUGACUGUGGGAAGAGGUUCUACAGAUUGGGUCAUUUAAAAAGACACAAAUGUAUACAUAAAGGACAGGCCUCAUCAGUUCUCUCAGACCAGCUAAGAUUAGACACUCCACUUAAUUCUCAUGUCAUUAAAUAAUUGGAAACGUUGAAUUUGAUCAAAUGAAGAAAGUGUAGAACACUAUUGUAAUCCUAUAGUUUCUCACUGUGAGAGAACAAUGCAGAGGAAAGGGAGCAUUAUAGAAUGUCUCUCUUUACUGACGUGUGCCGUCUACUUUAUUCUCUCUCACACCAAAACUGACAAGUUGUGAUCACGUGGUUAUGCCCAUAUCUGGUCAUCCUGUUCCUGUUCUCACGCCUUGGAGUGAGUGCGACAAUAUGUAUAUAAUGCCUUUGAAGUUGUCAUGAUGAUUGAUGUCUAGUGACCUCUUUGAACUGGGGGGGGUGACCAUUUCAAAGAGUUUGACCCCCCCACCCCCUGUUUUAUUGACCUUAGGGUUGUUGUCUAUGAAACACGAAUGUCCUGGGGUAUUGGGGUUGGCAGACGCCUUAUAAAUAAAGCCCAGAACAAGACAUGCGUCCUCAGAACACUAAACAAGAUUUUUAAAAUCAGCAUGGAUUUUGUGAUCAAUGGCAAAGCUGUGAUGACUGUAACAAUGGAAGCAGGACCUCGGUUGAAACAUCGAGAAAGGGCCAAGUAUCAAGCCACAAUAUACGAUGCGCCAAAAAAAGCAGUUUCUAAGUGUGUAUAGAACCCAAAUACCGCCCGCAACUACGCUGAAAGAUCUGAUGUCUAAUGGACAUCAAUCGGGGUAUCGGUUUGAUUACCUGGCCUGUAGAGUGAACCUCUAUACGGUAGCCGAAGGAGAAGAAUAUACAGACCAGACUUUAGGAGUAGACUACGGGCUUGAAGACUGGACGGUUUUUCGCAAGGUUGUGUGUCCUGAACUGAGCCUUAUCACCAAGGGGUAUAGCUUGUUCAAGGUGCCCCUGACUCCUCAGGAAGAAUAAUUCACAGGGUGAAAAUACAAAGAAAGAAUGGACUUCCAUGUGGCUACGUGGAGUUCUAUUUCGGCAACGAGGAAACCCGCAACCAAAACAUUUUGUGAUGGUGGGGAUUUUAGGUUGCGCAUGCUUAUUCCUUUUCAAAUUUGGGAUCUAAUGGAAUUGAAAAUGUUCCAGCUGUUGGACGCUCUCUUUGUACAGAGCCAACAGCGGCAGAGCAUUGUUCAUGUAAAGAAGUGCAUAAUAUAUACGAAUCCUGAGGAUUAUGAUUCAAAGGAGCCCCAAGAAGGUACAUCCUCAGAAGGGACAGCCUCCGAAGAAAACUAAGUACGCGGUUGCGUUAACCACGCCCUGAUACCCAAAGGACUGGUUCAACAAUAAAAGGAGUUCCCUUAAAGCCUCCAGUUCUUAAUUUCAUCAUACACCAUGGAUAUUCAUACAACAUACCAGGACUCCGAUACGACAUGGGGCCCAGACCCUAAGGACCGUAUGCCGGCAGCCCAACAUUCUACUCUCCCCCCCCC